CGACUUUACGUCAGCGUACGGGUAUGCCGCCCCUGCAUCGUCCAAGCCGCUGUAUGGCGGUCGUCGCAUGUGGCGGGCGUUCAGCAUCGUGGCGCCGUCAGUGCAGCUCGACCCCGACGUCGGGUUCCAUGCCCGGGUGCGAACGUAUCCGCUGUCUGUCAAGCCGGACGGGCUCAUCUCGCCCCAAACGAUCAUGCACCUCUUCGGCGACUACUACGAGAACACCACGUUCGACUUGACCAAGGGCGUCGCAGCCGGACCCUUCCAUGACCCUGUUCGGUACUCCAACGUCAUGAAUGUCACGGGAGGCUGGGAGCGAGCGUUCUCGAUUCACCGCACCGUCCACAGCUUCGUGCUGCAAACCCGACCACACCUCCCGGACGCAAUUGGAGGCAUCGCAUGGUAUGGACAAGGCGUCCCCGCCGACACUGUAUACUUUCCCAUCUCUGUUUAA